CGCAGCGCGAAGGCGGGCGCGGGCGGGCGGGCGCGGGGCAUGGUCCCGGUCCCGGUCCCGGCGGCGUGGCGCAGCGCGGAGCGGAGCGGGCGCGGAGCGGUGGCAUGCGGCGCGGAGACAUGCGGCUCUGCCUGCGCGCUGCCCCGCCGACAUGGACCGCCGCCGCCUGCUGCCGCCGCUGCUGCUCCUGCUCCUGCUCUGCGCUGCUCUCGGCGCCGCCGGGCGUUUGAGCGCCCGCCCCGGCAACGAAGUUAAUCUGCUGGAUUCAAAAACAAUUCAAGGGGAGCUGGGCUGGAUCUCCUACCCAUCACAUGGGUGGGAAGAGAUUAGUGGUGUUGAUGAGCAUUAUACUCCAAUCAGAACAUACCAAGUGUGCAAUGUUAUGGAUCACAGUCAAAACAAUUGGCUGCGAACAAACUGGAUUCCACGCAAUUCAGCUCAGAAGAUAUAUGUGGAACUCAAGUUUACCUUGAGGGACUGUAAUAGUAUCCCCCUAGUUCUGGGCACUUGCAAAGAGACCUUCAAUCUGUAUUAUAUGGAGUCUGAUGAUGACAAUUUGGUAAAGUUCAGAGAGCAUCAAUUUACAAAGAUCGACACCAUUGCGGCUGAUGAGAGCUUCACCCAAAUGGAUCUUGGGGACCGAAUUCUCAAGCUGAAUACAGAAGUCCGUGAGGUGGGGCCUGUCAGCAGGAAAGGCUUUUACUUGGCUUUUCAAGAUGUAGGUGCGUGUGUUGCCUUAGUCUCGGUGCGAGUGUACUUCAAAAAGUGCCCUUUCACUGUCAAGAACCUGGCCAUGUUUCCAGAUACGGUACCCAUGGACUCCCAGUCACUGGUGGAGGUGCGGGGUUCUUGUGUCAAUCAUUCCAAGGAGGAAGAGCCACCCAAGAUGUAUUGCAGUACAGAAGGAGAAUGGCUAGUGCCCAUAGGGAAGUGCUUGUGUAAUGCUGGCUAUGAAGAAAGAGGCUUUGCGUGCCAAGCUUGUCGACCUGGGUUCUACAAAGCCUCUGCUGGCAACGUGAAGUGUGCCAAAUGCCCACCUCACAGCUCUACCUAUGAAGAUGCGUCUCUGAACUGCAGGUGUGAAAAGAAUUACUUUCGCUCUGAGAAAGAUCCUCCAUCCAUGGCUUGCACCAGACCACCUUCUGCUCCAAGAAAUGUUAUCUCUAACAUCAACGAGACGUCUGUUAUCCUGGACUGGAGCUGGCCUCUUGACACUGGAGGUCGGAAGGAUGUCACUUUCAACAUCAUUUGCAAAAAAUGUGGAGGGAACAUCAAGAUGUGUGAGCCGUGUAGUGACAACGUGCGAUUCUUGCCCCGUCAGACUGGCCUCACCAACACCACGGUGACAGUAGUGGACCUUUUGGCACAUACCAAUUACACUUUUGAGAUUGAUGCAGUCAACGGGGUAUCUGACUCGAGUACACUUUCCAGACAAUUUGCUGCUGUCAGCAUCACAACUAAUCAGGCUGCUCCGUCCCCCAUCACAGUCAUAAGGAAGGACAGGACAUCCAGGAACAGCGUCUCUCUGUCUUGGCAAGAACCCGAACAUCCGAACGGCAUCAUCUUGGACUACGAGGUCAAAUACUAUGAAAAGCAGGAACAAGAGACAAGCUACACUAUUCUGAGAGCCAAAGGCACCAACGUUACCAUCAGCGGCCUCAAACCUGAUACCACUUAUGUCUUCCAAAUUCGAGCCCGAACUGCAGCUGGAUACGGGACGAACAGCCGCAAGUUUGAAUUUGAAACCAGCCCGGAUUCAUUCUCCAUUUCCAGUGAGAACAGCCAGGUUGUAAUGAUUGCCAUUUCAGCGGCGGUUGCCAUUAUUCUCCUCACAGUUGUGGUGUACGUCCUGAUUGGGAGAUUCUGUGGAUACAAGAAGUCUAAACAUGGCACUGAUGAGAAAAGACUACAUUUUGGGAAUGGUCAUUUAAAGCUCCCAGGCCUGAGAACUUACGUAGAUCCGCAUACGUAUGAGGAUCCCAAUCAAGCUGUGCAUGAAUUUGCCAAGGAACUAGAUGCUUCUAACAUAUCCAUUGAUAAAGUAGUUGGAGCAGGGGAAUUUGGAGAAGUGUGCAGUGGGCGCCUAAAGCUGCCUUCUAAAAAGGAAAUUUCAGUGGCUAUCAAAACCCUGAAAGUUGGCUAUACAGAAAAACAGCGGAGGGACUUCCUGGGAGAAGCAAGCAUCAUGGGACAGUUUGACCACCCUAAUAUCAUUCGACUAGAGGGAGUCGUCACUAAAAGUAAACCAGUUAUGAUUGUUACUGAAUAUAUGGAAAACGGUUCCUUGGACAGCUUCCUACGGAAACAUGAUGCCCAGUUCACAGUCAUCCAGCUAGUAGGCAUGCUUCGAGGGAUCGCGUCUGGCAUGAAAUACUUGUCAGAUAUGGGUUAUGUCCAUCGAGAUCUAGCUGCUCGUAAUAUCCUCAUCAACAGUAACCUGGUAUGCAAAGUCUCAGAUUUUGGCCUCUCUCGUGUACUGGAAGAUGACCCAGAAGCUGCUUACACCACAAGGGGGGGCAAGAUUCCUAUCCGGUGGACAUCACCAGAAGCCAUUGCAUAUCGGAAGUUCACAUCAGCCAGUGACGCAUGGAGCUAUGGGAUUGUUCUCUGGGAGGUGAUGUCUUACGGAGAGAGACCAUACUGGGAGAUGUCCAACCAGGAUGUGAUUAAGGCUGUUGAUGAAGGGUACCGCUUGCCACCUCCUAUGGACUGCCCAGCUGCCUUGUAUCAGCUGAUGCUGGACUGUUGGCAGAAAGACAGAAACAACAGACCCAAGUUUGAGCAGAUUGUCAGCAUCCUGGACAAGCUGAUCCGUAAUCCCAGCAGUCUGAAAAUAAUCACCAAUGCGGCGGCAAGGCCAUCAAAUCUUCUGCUGGACCAAAGUAACAUUGACAUUUCAGCCUUCCGCACGACAGGUGAUUGGCUCAAUGGUUUUCGGACAGGACAGUGCAAAGACAUUUUCACAGGCGUGGAGUACAGCUCCUGUGAUACAAUAGCCAAGAUUUCUACAGAUGACGUGAAGAAAGUCGGCGUUACAGUUGUGGGGCCUCAAAAGAAGAUUGUUAGCAGUAUCAAAGCUCUAGAAACUCAUACAAAGAACAGCCCUGUUCCUGUGUAAGGUACCAAAAUGAUGUUGCUCAGGAGAGAAGAAAAGAGAAAAGUUGCGUCACAGGGCAAAAGUGAUGGCUGAUAAACGGCAGAAUUUAAAGGAGUUCUUUGCAACAGCUUUGGAAACGUAAUGGUUGAAAUUUCAAACCCACUAAGACACUCAAAUAUUGAGUAUAAAUGCCUUAAAAAUAGGAGUGAACUUGUUUUCUAUCUGUUAAUCCUAAAAGGUGGGUGCUCUUGACUGACUGUUAAUGCAGAUAGUAAAUUUCGAAAGAAAAAAAUAUGUAAAAAAUUCUUCCAAGUAAAAACCAGUGACACUAAAACCUAGAGCCAUUUGAAUAUUAAGCGACUGAAUAACACGAAAAACCCGUGGACAUAAAAGCUGUGUAUUUGAUCUAUACAGCAAACAAGAAGAAAGAAAGACUUGGAGUAUUUUUAUACAGAAGAGAUCUGUAACAGGUAUUUUAUUUCUUUAAAAGCAAGGAAAAUAGAGGACUAUACCUCACUACCUGUCUGGCCAUAUUUACUAUAAUGUCAUUGUAACAUGCUAUUUCAACUUCAGAAAGGAACACAGAAAUAAAGUUUGUAGUGACUUUGAGUUAGUUGACAAAAGAUUUUUGCCAUUAUGUUAGCUUCCCUAAUUGUGUUCAUUUAAAUAGAAACAAGUCUUAAUUUUUAAAAGACUUAUUUAUUUCCUUGGGGUUUUUUUUCAUUAUUGUUUAUAUUUAUGCUUAAAUACCUUAACCUGGCGGUAUUAUUGCCAAGUGCCAAAUGUUAUCAAAACGUCAUUGUUUCAACCUGAGAAAUUGUCUGAGGGUUAAUCACAAGAUUACUUUAUACUCAUAACAUCAUAUAUGAAAUAGGAAGGAAGGAAGGAAGGAAGGAAGGAAGGAAGGAAGGAAGGAAGGAAGGAAGGAAGGAAACAUGGUCUUUUUUCCAGCUCUGAUGCUAGACAAAGCAUCUGGACUUGUUGAGGUUCCUUCUAUUUGCUGCGAGUGGUAUUUUAACCCCGGCUUGAGUUCUGGCAGAGGUGCGUGCGUAUCGGUCUCUAGAUCAGUAUCUCUCCCGGUCAGGUACACGUGUCCAUUUACUUCCCAGAGGCCUGCUUCCCUGUCGAAAGAUGGACCCUUGUUCUCAGGUGGUGUACAGGUGGGAGAUUUGCCUGGCAAACAUUAAAAAGAGUCAGGGUUGUGUCCUGCGUUAACUGAGGACGCUUUCUGAGUUCCCUGGGGAGCGGUGCAUUUCUGGCUUCCAUCUGCCCCCAGCGCUGGGAACUGGGAGGUGUCCUACCACGGGGGCAGCCACUGGUAGUUACGCUGAGAUGGUGACUUGCAGCCAAGGGCAAGUGGAUAGUUCAAAAGGAUGACUUAAGCUUGUGAAACGGAACUUUGGUAUGUAAUUUUACCAAAGCCUGAGCUAGAAGACCUCUGUCCAGGUGCUGCCAUCCUGCAGAAGCCUUGCUUUUUGGCACUGGUUCCUUAGGCACCAGUUCCUUGAAAGAAAGCAGAAAGGAGCCUAUCUUUAGGAGAGCAUUCACAUUUCCCGGUGGAAAAAGGAGCUUGGAAGGUGGGAUGCAAGAGGCCUCCCCCAUCUUCAGCAUCUUCCCAAUAGCAAGCUCUUAAGCUGUUGCUCCGGAGGACAUCUGUCCCAGUUCUGAGCGGACACAUCUCCUCGCUCUGAAAGUGAGUGGUUUAAAUCGCAGUGUGAGGCAGUUCUUGUGUUACAUGCAGACAGGCUUCUUAACGCUCUCGAUGUGAUGCCAGGCACACAGACAUCAGGCUUUGGGCGCUAGUGGAAACCACUCCGAUCCCAACUUGCCAUGCUGGAAUCUAAACCUGAUUCUGAUGGAUAACAGUGGGUCCCUGUAAGUCCGAGACCUCUGGGAGGCAGAGGACUCCGUGGCACGCCGCCUUUCGCUGUGCGUGCAAAAGCAGGUAACUAGUUGUGCUUUCUGUGUCGUAUUGGUUCGGUUUUUAAAGCUACUUGUAGUGUGGGGCACAUAAGUAAGGGAAGAAUCAGUUCCUAGGAUUUGUGGGGCUGAAUCAGCUUUUAAAUUGUUUCUUCAUGGGUCCAGGACUCAUGAAAUGUAGACACACAACGUUUAUCACACAUUGCUAAAUAGAAGCAGAAUUAGAGACUUUUUAAUGAGUGCUGGCAGUGAGCAUGCUGUAGAGAACUGGAUUUGAAACACACUCACAGGAUAAUAAUUAGUAAUAUUUUCUGAAAGAAAAAGGAAUAGGUUUUAAAGUAAGUUGAAAUAAAAAAAUGAAAAA